UUUAACCUCAGGGACGUGCGGUCUACUUUUAGGUAACGAAUGUUCAAGGGCGGACAUAUUUACUUCUCAACCCAGUUCAUGUUCUAGGCGCGUGACCAGAUUGUGUUUGAAGAAUUGAAGUAACGGUACCAGAGUCAACUGAUCGGUACAAUGGGGUCCGACUUCUCAUGGCAGGCGCCGAUCUUCAUGGCAAUUCUCGCCGCUGUUGUUGUCUCUGCAAGCCCCGUUAUCAAACGGGACAUUUACGGGGGGUGGCCACAACAGGUGCACCUGUCCUACGCAGGCUCAGCCAGCGAGAUGAUGGUGACCUGGAGCACAGCCAACCAGACGGACUCAGUCGUGGAGUACGGGGAGGGCGGGCUGAUGAAGACGCCCCGGGGGUCCAGCGUGGAGUUUGAGGAUGGAGGAGAUGAACAUCGCGUACAGCACAUCCACAGGGUCACGCUGACUGGGCUCACUCCCGGGCACACGUACAUGUACCACUGUGGCAGUAUGGAGGGAGGCUGGAGUGACUUGUUCGUCUUCACCGCCAUGAAGGAGGGAACUGACUGGAGCCCAUCCUUCGCUGCCUUCGGAGACAUGGGCAACGAGAACGCCCAGUCUCUGAGCCGGCUGCAGGGAGACACACAGAGGGGCAUGUAUGACUUCAUCCUGCAUGUUGGUGACUUUGCAUAUGACAUGGACUCUGAGAAUGCCCGUGUGGGCGAUGCCUUCAUGAACCAGAUCCAGUCCAUAGCGGCCUAUGUGCCCUACAUGACAUGUGUGGGGAACCAUGAGAAUGCUUAUAACUUCUCCAACUAUGUGAGCAGGUUCUCCAUGCCUGGUGGGGUGCAGAAUCUGUGGUACAGCUUCAAUGUUGGUCCUGCCCAUAUCAUUGGUUUCUCCACUGAGGUGUACUUCUAUGUCCAGUAUGGGCUCAAGCAGAUGACAGAGCAGUACAAGUGGCUGGAGCAGGAUCUCAUGGAAGCUGCUAAACCAGAGAACAGGAAGGAGCGUCCCUGGAUCAUCACCAUGGGCCACCGCCCCAUGUACUGUUCCAACAACGAUCACGACGACUGCACCAGACACGAGAGUGUUGUGCGUAAAGGACAUGUUGGCUACCCUGGGGUGGAGGAUCUCUUCUACAAGUAUGGUGUGGACCUGGAAAUCUGGGCACAUGAGCACACAUACGAGAGACUGUGGCCUGUCUAUGAUUACAAGGUGUACAACGGCAGCAUGGCCACCCCCUACACCAAUCCCAAGGCUCCUGUGCACAUCAUCACUGGCUCUGCUGGCUGCAGGGAGCGUCACGAUGGUUGGAUCGCUAAUCCUCCAGUCUGGAGUGCCCUCAGGAACUCUGACUAUGGCUACACCAAGUUCAAGCUGCACAACUCAACACACCUGUACCUGGAACAGGUGUCAGAUGACAAGGAUGGACAGGUGAUUGACUCUAUCUGGGUCAUCAAGGACCAGCACGGUCCCUACAGCCGUACCUGACAGGACAACACCUGUAGAUACACCUGGAACACCUGACAGCAAAUGUGAAAAAUAUAUACAUGCUGCUGUAUCUGCAAGGUGGUAGGUAUGGUCUACUUGAAAGGAAGGACUUUUAAAAUAAGUCACAAAUCUGUCACAAACAAACCAGUACUACUUAGUUUCAAUCCCAACAGAAUACCUUAUGAGUUGGCAGGUACUUGUUUUAAACUGAUACUAUUUUAUUAAUUGUGGUGAUGUACAUUUUUCUUUUGAUUUUUUAAAAGAGUUUUAUUUCAUCUCUUAAAGGUUAAUGUUGCGCUUCAGAAUGUGAUAUCAUCCGUCUGCUUCUCAAUCCUCAGUACUGAAUAUGUUUUAUCAGUGAAAUCUACUGAGUAUGUUUUAUCAGUGAAAUUUUAAAAUUUUGAAAUGAAGAAUUAGCAUACCUGAUGACUAUGAUGUAAUGUGUCAAACCGAACACAAUCAGGUUUCUAUCCGGUUUCAAUAUGUUUUAACAUGUGCCAAACCUAUUGUCAACCUAUUAUCGGUUUCAAUAUGUUUCAAUGUGCCAGAUCUAUUGUCAACCAAGUGGUAACUGUUAUUUCUUUGGAGAAUUCAGGUCUAUCUCCAGUCUACAAAGGUGCCAAUUGUAAAAUAAAUGUUGCACUUUGUUGAAAUUAAAGCCAGGGCUCAUUGCUGCUCAA